AUGAAUCUAACGGGAAGAGCACUACAUUAUGUAUUUAAAAUUCCAAACAGGAAGGAAUCCAUGAGAUUCUACAGAGAUAUUCUGGGAAUGAAAUUGCUGAGGCACGAAGAAUUCGCUGAAGGUUGCGAGGCGACUUGUAAUGGGCCUUACGAUGGUAGAUGGAGCAAAACCAUGGUGGGUUACGGUCCGGAGGACAACCACUUCGUAAUAGAAUUGACCUACAAUUACGGCAUAACGUCCUACGAAAAAGGAAACGAUUUCGAAAAGAUAACCAUCAAGAGCAAAGAGGCCUUGGAAAGGGCGAAACAGCACAACUGGCCCGUCAGUUUCGAUAACAUCCUAGUAGCACCCGGUGGUUACAAAUUUCAAAUAAUCAAUGAAUCUCAACCGAACGAUACCGAUCCUCUUCAGUCAGUUACAUUGAAUUCGUCGAACCUGAAAAAUUCAAUCGACUAUUGGAAUGGGAUAUUGGGAUUAAAAAUCUUCCAGCAAUCUGAUAAAACCGUUUUGCUUGGUUUCAAAGAAAACGAAGCUAAAUUAGAGCUAGUGGACAUUGGUAAACCUCUCGAUCGUGGACAAGCGUACGGACGUAUAGCGUUCUCCAUUCCAUUUGCCGAACAGGACCCGUUGGCUAAGCUUAUCGAAGAGAAGAAUGCUAAAAUAUUGACGCCUCUGACGGUGUUACCCACUCCUGGAAAGGCUGACGUGUGUGUCAUUAUUUUAGCGGAUCCCGAUAGCCAUGAGAUAUGCUUUGUUAACGAUGAGGGCUACAGAGAAUUGUCCCAACCGGAUUACGCAAGCGAAAAAGUGCUGGAAAUUCAAAUGAAGAAAGAUAAUUAUGACACGUCGAGCUAA